GACAAUUUAAAACAUUAAACGAGCUAUGGAUAUUUAAGUGCCAUCUAAAGAUGCUUCUGAAAGUUGCCUUUGUUAUGGGCCUAUGCCUGCCAGGUAUACUGUUGGAGAGACACAACAAGAUAUCAACUGGGGAGCUAGAGAGUUACACUGAAACAAACACAAAGCAAUAUGAUUUGGAAGACCAUUUAAAAUUUAAGAAGAGAAACAUGACAUGGUUAGGGCAUGAAAGUUAUGAACAAUGGGUCAAAGAAAAGUGGAAUGAAGAAUCAAAAACAGCAAAAUUACAGAUAUAUCAAAUGGAUCACAGAAAUGAAGAUUUUGGAGAUCAAGUGGAAAAUGAUCACUGUAGAGACUUAUGUGAAUGUCAUCAAGAUAACAAGUACAUUCCCUAUCACCAUUGCGUCUGCCACCAAAAAAUACCAACAAAAACAUUUACAAAUAUUACUGAACUUGUCUCCUGCCUUCCGCACUUUACUCAAUCUCGAAUAUUACGUAUUUCCCUCAACAUUUCUGGAUUUAACUUUGGAAUCAUACCAAAUGGAUCAUUCAGUAACAUUCCAUAUGUGGAAACUUUACUGAUUCGAGAAUGUAAUAUAACAAGAUUGGAGCCAGAUGCCUUUAAAGGUCUCGUCAACUUGUUCCGUCUAGCACUUGUGGAUAGAGAAGGAAUAUCAACCCUGAAUUACCACCUGUUUCAUUGUUGUCCUAAAAUAAAGGUAUUAAUUCUAGGGAAAGUAAAUGACAUUGAAGUUGAUACAUUCUCAGCUCUUCUAAAUCUUGAUCAACUUACUUUAGAACAUAAAGGCAUCUUAGAACACUACGAGCUAUUCAAACCAUUACAAAAACUGCGAGUUCUCGAACUUAAGCAGGUGGGAUUAAACCAUAUUCCCAAUGUCAUUUUAUCAUAUCUGAUUAAAUUGGAGUAUCUUGAUCUGUGGAACAAUAAAAUAACUAGCCUGCAAUUCAAUGGAACUCUUGAGCCACGUAUUUAUUCUCACUUAUCAUUCCAAGCAACAAUAUCAAGUCAGUCUCGAAAGCUGAUAUGGAUCAAUUUAAAGGUGUAGCAAUAUUGACACUCGUUCUAGAUGAUAACGACAUUCAGGAAAUUGAACCAAACUUUCUUAGUAACAUUACUCAAAUAAAACUUUUGACUUUUGAUUAUAAUCGUAAACUGGGGAAAACAAAUUUGAUGCAUUUGGUAAAAGGUCUUGAGGGAAAACCUAUUGAUAACCUUCAAUUAUCAGGAUGUGGCAUUGUUAUCGAUAAGUUCAAUUCAACUAUAUUGGAACCUCUUCGGAAAUCAAAUCUUCAAUUAUUGGCUCUUUCAGAUAACUUGAUAGAUACUUAUGAAGCUGAUGCAUUCGAGCCAGUAAAUUCCUUGAGAGCUCUUGAGAUAUCAAACUUCAUGGUUAUUACUAGUGAGACAUUUACACCACUCAAAAACCUUGUCUCCCUAACAAUGCAUGAUAUGUCUGUGCUUUAUGCAGGAUCACCAAAUGUGAAUGUUAGUUUGAAUGAACUUGGAAAAUUGAAACAACUUAUUUUGUAUAAACUAGAUUUCUAUCGCAUCAUUUUCACUUUCAGUAGUGUUACAACAUCUUUAAGUAAUUUCAGUUUGACCGAUCUUGGCAAGUCAUUUGAGGCAUAUCAUAAACAGGUUUCCAAGAUGAUUGCAACAGCAUAUUUCAAUGACCUUGCCUUAUCAGGAAACUUAUUGUUUCAUUAUUCAGAUACUGAAUUGUGUGAACUUUUCAAUGGAGUCCGUACUCAAAAUAUCUUCUUACGUGAAAACUUUUUCAAAAUACUUCCAAUUUGUAUGUUUCAAAAUUUUUCUGCUAGAUCUAUAGAUUUAAGCAAAAACAGAAUCAUUUAUAUUCAAAAAGAUUUGUUUAAAAAUGUAAAAGUUCAAAUAUGGGGUAUAGAUUUAGCUGAGAACAGUAUCAGCUUAAUUGAUGGAACUGCACUUGCUAAAGUAAAGUCAUGGAUAAACAUUGAAUACAAUUUAUUAGAGUGUAACUGUGCAACGCAACCUUUUAUAAAUUGGCUAAAACAAAGAAAACGGCCACAAGUCUUUCAUGACCCAUUUUGUGCUUCAUCAACGGGACCAACCAACGAGGAACUGGUGAAAUUUGAAUCAACUUGGGUGCAAUGUAACAUGGAAACCUUUGUUAGGAUAAUUUCUUUAUCAGUUAGCAGUGUAAUUUUGAUUGGGAUAUUAACUGCUUCACUUCUGAAAUAUUUCUGGCAAGACAUAAAGUAUAUGCAGCUGGUCAAGAGAGCAAACCAGCACAAUGGGUACAUUCCAAUUGUUGAUCCAAAUGAUAACCAGAAUGAUAUCCUAAUUGAUGAUAUCCAAGAUGAUGAAAUAUAUGAUGCUUUUAUCAGUUACCAUUCUGAAAAGCGCAUAUGGGUACGUGAUGUGAUGACACCAGAGUUGACCAAAGGGAAUGUUCAAUUCUCAUUGAUACAUGAUGAUAACAUUGUACCUGGACAAGAGUCAUACUUUGGUGGACUAAUGUCACACAUGGACCGUAGUCGCCACAUUAUAUUCCUGGUUACAAGAGGCUGGAUGCAGGAGGGAUGGAAUGAGUUUGAAAUGGACUCUGCUAUAGAUAUGCUCACCCAGACCAAACGCCACACACUCAUAGUUGUUCUGAUGGAACACAUACCACAGAAAGAGAUGUCACACAAGCUAAAACUGAUGGUAAGACACAAUGUCUGUUUUAAGUGGAGUGAAGAAGAAGGGAAGCAGAGGAAAUUUUGGAGGGAUCUUAAACUGGAACUAGGGAAAAAGCGAUAUAAGUGAAGCCAAUCCACCCGACAGGAGGAUAUAUAACUUAGAACCUCAUUUUCACAAAAAGUGAUAGACGAUAUGAUUAUACAAAUAUUUACUUCUAUUUAGGGAAAAACCUGAGCACCUUUCACCAACAAUAUGUGUAAUAUAUGAAUUGAUUUUACAAAUAUUUCCUCUUAUUAAGGGAAAACAUGUGGACCUUUCCUUCUAUUUAGGGAAUAUGUGUAAUAUAUAAAUUGAUUUUACAAAUAUUUCCUCUUAUUAAGGGAAAACAUGUGGACCUUUCACAAGUAAUAUUCUCUGUGUGAUAUAUGAUUUGAUUUUACAAAUAUUUCCUUUUAUUUAGGAAAAACCUGUGCAACUUUCACCAGCAAUAUUCCCUGUGUAAUAUAUGAUUUGAUUUUACAAAUAUUUCCUUUAUUUAGGGAAAAACCUGAGCACCUUUCACAAGUAAUAUUCUCUGUGUGAUAUUUGAUUAUACAUGUACAGGUACAAUACAUUUCCUUCUAUUUAAGAAAACAAUCUCUGUUACUUGGGCAAGAGAAUAUUCAUUGUAAUUGUUUCUCAUUCUGUUAGACCAUACAUGUAUAACAUAUAAUACAUCAAAUGUGAGUGGGACAAACUCAGGAUAUUGAGAAAUAAUAUGUAGGAAGUUUUCACUCUGCAAGCCAAGUUCCUAGUGUCUCAAAGCUAAAGGGGAUCAAUAUUAUACCAUUCACAGAAUGAAUAACCUGACAAUGAGAUCAAUGCAAUUCUAAUAAUCUUAUUUGUAAAAGACAAAAAGUCUUAAUGAAAACUGAUAAAUACUAUGCUUAACAAUAAGUUGCUUGUAAUAAUUGCACUAAAUUGAGUUCCAGUGCCUACUUUUGUACAUACAUUUAUGAUAUUGUUGAAUAAAGGUGGAAAUCAGAGUAAAUGUAUUGCUAGAGAAAAUUGGGCCUGUAAUUCAAAUAUCAUCAAAUAGAUGGAAAGGAGGAGGGAAAUUAGCGCAACAGAUUUUGGAAAGUCAUAUGUUGGAUUUUGGCCAUUUUCUGAGGAUUUAAACAAUUGCAUAUGUUAGGCCAAAUGCAUUACCUCCAGGAAAAUCACUUCUAGAGAUGAUAAAAUAAUUUUGACUUUGAGACAGGGUAGAUGCAAACAACCCACCCAC